AUCGGGUAGAUCAAGUAGCCGGUACUGGAGGAGGUGGGUGGGUUGGUUGAUUGGCUGGAACUUGGUCCCCCUAUCACCAGCCGCUCUCACUUGAGCUCUCCCAAAGUUGGGACGACAAAGAAACGAGGUUCAUCAUCUGAAGAUUUAUCAACUAUACUUUAAUUAUUGUAUUGAAUACCUAAGUUAGGCGAACGCCAAAUGGAGUCAAUUGAUCCCGCGACUGGACAGGCCUUGCCCGCUGACGCCAUUCAGCGAGUUCUCUUCGUCGCCCGCUCAGUCCAUGUCUACAACAUCCCUCCCAUGGUGCCCGGCAAGGGCCAUGUGGCAGCCUCCUGGACAGCAGACGGCAACAAACGUCAGAUCUUCACUGCGCGGCUGCGGGUGAUUGAGACGGCGAUCCCCACGCCCAGUGGUGACGAAAAGAUGAAGACUGACCUCGUGCUAGAGGACUCAAGUAGCGGCCAGCUGUACGCGGCAGCGCCUUACACCGUCGAGGCCGUCGUCGAGCAAGUCUCGGACAGCUCACGCUUCUUCGCCGUGAGAGUGCAGGAUCCAGAGGGGAGGAAGGCGUCGCUAGGCGUGGGCUUCGAGGAGCGGAGCGAGGCCUUUGAUUUCAGCGUUGCGCUGCAGGAGGCGCGCAAGACGCUCGGCUGGGAUCAGGGCGGUGGACAGCCUGGCAAGAAGCCCGCUGUGAAGAAGAAGGAUAGCGCAGAGAAGCGGGAUUAUAGCUUGAAGGAGGGUGAGACUAUCACGGUGAGCUUGCCUGGACGGUCUGCGGGGCGGAGGAGACCUACGGCAGAUGCACCCGCCAAUACGCCCUUAUCCGCCUUCUCCUUGCCUCCGCCCCCCUCUGCUUCAUCGUCAAGAGGAUCGGAUUUUCUACCUCCACCGCCCGCACCGGGUCCAUCUUCAAAAGGCUCAGGAAGUCUGCCACCAUCAUCUGCCCCACCUAGUACGCAGAACACGAGGGUUCAGCAUUCUUCAAAUACGCAAGGACCCGGCCAGCCUUCGGCAGAGGAACUGGGAUUUGACGAUGGCAAGUUUGGAGAAUUCGCUUGAUGGGAUUGAGCUACUGUAUGUCGAGUAACACCAGUAUCUGAUAGACGUUAUAAAAAGCGGGCGAUGAUUCCACUCAUCCCUACGAUUCCCAAUUGCAAACCCUCUCUCCCGUGGCGAUUUGCCUCUCAGCCGCCCCGUUCAUCACCAGCAUAACCCAAACACUCGUGACCUCCACCCUCCCGGUCUCCUG